CACUUACCCCCAGACUCAGCUCUCUCUCUCUCUCUCUCUCUCUCUCUCUCUUCAAUGUUAGGGUUUUCUUCCUGUACCUUGCUGUUGUCACCCCAAAAUAUGCAUUAAUUACAAUACAACCACUGUAAUAGUCGAAUUCCUCCUCCUAGCUUCAGAGAACAGAGCUCUGAGGUUGGAUUUGGUAGGAAAGUCUUUGACUUGGGGUAGAUCAGAGAUCAAAUUGUGGAAAAUCCCCUGGCUUUUAGCUGGGUUUUGUGGGUUUUCAUCCUGCCCGUCCGAUUUGUUGACUUUUUGGACUUAGAAUUUGAUCAGAGGGUGGUGAGAUUGAAACAUAUCAAAUUUUGUGUUUUUGGUUUUGAUUUGGUGGCACUGCAUGUGCAAGCAUUGAGGGUCCUCUGCUCGGUUGUGGAGGAUCCCCAUUACCAAGCAAGAACAAAGAAAAAAAAAGAGAGUGGGGUUUUCUUUAAGUGGGAUUUGAUAAAAGGGUUCUUAAAUUCUGGGGAAAAUAGUUUACUGGGUUGGUGGGAUUGGGGUUUUUGUGGCAAAUAAUCAACUGGGAAGGUGUUGAAUUUUCCAGUUUGUGGGAUUUUUCUGUAAGUUUAUCUAAUUAUCAAAUUUGGUGGGAAAUGUUUGGGUCUGGUUCGGGUGCUGCACCUGCACAUCAAAGCAGUAAACUUUCCGUACCAGUUUUAAUUCCGUAUCCGUUUGUCUGGCCUUAUGGAGGAAGGAGUGUGUUUCUCAGUGGUUCUUUCACAAGGUGGUUAGAACAUAUACCUAUGGCUCCAAUGGAGGGGCAUCCAACUGUAUUUCAAGUUGUUUGGAAUUUGACGCCCGGAUAUCAUCAGUACAAAUUUUUUGUUGAUGGCCAAUGGCGACAUAAUGAACAUCAGCCUUUUGUUAAUGCGAAUGGUGGAACAGUGAAUACCAUCUUUCUAGCUGGAGAAGAUAUCGUUCCUACAAGUUUCAGUCCUGAGACUUCUGGUGGGUCCAACAUGGACGUAGAUAUGGUUCCUACAAAUGUAGAAACAGUUCCUAGGUUCUCACAGGCUGAUCUCGAUAUCUCCCGACAUCGUAUAUCAAUGUUCUUGUCCAGACAUACGGCUUAUGAGUUGCUUCCAGAGUCAGGCAAGGUCAUUGCCUUGGAUAAUAGUUUACCUGUGAAGCAAGCAUUCCAUAUCCUACAUGAACAGGGAGUACCUGUGGCUCCUCUGUGGGAUUUUGAGAAGGGCCAGUUUGUUGGAGUCCUUAGUGCUAUGGACUUCAUCCUAAUCUUGAGAGAGCUUGGGAAUCAUGGAUCCAACUUGACCGAGGAAGAGCUUGAGACUCAUACUGUAGCAGCGUGGAAAGAGGGAAAAAUAAAUCUUAACAGACAACUUGAUGGCAAUGGGAGAUACUAUCCACCCCAUCUUGUCUCUGCCGGCCCUUACGAUUCUCUCAAAGAAGUAGCUUUGAAAAUUUUGCAAAACAAGGUGGCUACAGUUCCAAUUGUCCAUUCAACUUCGCAGAAUGGUUCAUCUCCUCAACUAUUGCACCUUGCUUCCCUCUGCGGAAUACUAAAAUGCAUAUGCAGGCAUUUUAGACAUUCUUCUAGCUCCUUGCCCAUACUCCAAUGUCCUAUAUCUGAGUUUCAUUUAGGAACAUGGGUUCCGAAUAUUGGAGAGUCAAAUGGACGGCCAUUGGCAAUGUUAAGACCAAAUUCAUCUCUUGCUGAUGUCUUCUCUUUGUUGAUACAAGCUGACGUUAGUUCAAUACCUAUAGUGGAUGGUAAUGAUUCAUUGCUGGAUAUUUAUUCACGAAGUGAUAUCACUGCUUUGGCCAGAGAUAAAGCUUAUACACAGAUUCGCCUUGAUGAAUUGAGCAUCCAUCAGGCGUUGCUACUGGGACAAGAUGCGAAUUCUCCUUCCUGCUUCCUCAGUGGGCAGAGGUGUCAGAUGUGUUUGCGGUCAGAUUCUUUGCAUAAAGUGAUGGAGCGCUUGGCUAAUCCUGGGGUUAGGAGACUUGUGAUCGUGGAGGCUGGCAGCAAGCGUGUAGAAGGGAUUAUUUCUUUGAGCGAUGUAUUCAGGUUCUUGCUAGGCUAGCUUUAAACAUAUCGGGUACUAUAUACCAUGACGUGGCUUUUGAUGGCAUUUGGGGUGAUUUUCCUUUUGGCGCUUUUUCGUCUUUAGUUUACACAGGCUGAAUGGGUUCAUUUAAUCACUCAAAAGUAUUUUACAAAUGCGUCGUGUUUCUGAGCCCGGCCUCGUUUUAGAAUAGAAAUUUGAAAGAGAGAAAUCUGUAAAUUGUGAGGAGGAUUCAUUUCCCCCGCCUUUCUUUGGCAUAAACCUUAAUUACCAACUCCACCUAGCCUUCCAUCUUUUUAUGUUAAAGGCUUAAAGCUAAUAGAAUGACUUGAAAGAGAACUGUGUAAAGUGUAUAUUGCAUGAUUGGCAUCCAUGGUUCUGGUGCUGCAUUUAAAACUGGGUUUCAAUGUUU